UAGUUUGGGUGUUCCUUUAGUGUGGGUUGGACGUACGCCAUCGUGUGCCGUGCGCCUGACUUAGUUGUGUUAGUGACCACGACACGAGAGAGAGAGAGAGAUACAGACGGAGGGAGAGGAAGAGAGCAGUCUUUUUUUUCAACUUGAUUCUUCUGCUGGGGUGGGUGCAGUGGGUGUUGAUCAACAUUAGUACCGUGGCGGAUUAUAUUAUGAUAGUGGGGUCUAUGAGUGAGGCGGGCGGACACCCAGGGGCCCCACACCUGGCGCCACCAACACUCCCGCCCCAGUCCUCGCUCUCCCCGCCCUCAGGGAUGCUCCCUUCCUUCGGUUUUACUCAAGAGCAGGUCGCCUGCGUGUGCGAAGUCCUGCAGCAGAGCGGGAACAUCGAAAGGCUUGGCCGGUUUCUGUGGUCACUUCCAGCAUGUGAACACCUCCACAAGAACGAGUCCGUCCUCAAAGCAAAGGCCCUGGUCGCCUUCCACAGGGGCAACUUCAAGGACCUCUACAGGAUCCUGGAGUCCCACAAUUUCUCGCCGCAAAAUCACAGCAAACUGCAACAAUUAUGGUUGAAGGCUCAUUACAUUGAGGCGGAGAAGUUGCGAGGGCGGCCCCUAGGUGCCGUGGGCAAGUACCGGGUGAGGCGUAAAUUCCCGUUGCCCAGGACGAUAUGGGACGGCGAGGAGACCUCCUAUUGUUUUAAGGAAAAGUCAAGAAACGUUCUACGGGAGUGGUACGCCCACAAUCCCUACCCUUCGCCCAGGGAAAAGAGAGAACUCGCCGAAGCCACGGGCCUUACCACCACCCAAGUUUCCAACUGGUUUAAGAAUCGCCGACAGCGGGAUAGAGCCGCCGAGCAGAAAGAUGGAGACGGCAAGACGCCCACGGGCGGCGCCCCCGCAGGCGGUUCGACGCACCUGGACAGUGGCUCCGAAUCUCUAGACGAAGUGAAACCUUCCCUCUCGUCCCUCGACUCGCCGCUUCCCAACGUCAACAGUCACUUAGUGCAGGACUCCGUCGGCCACACAGACCUCUACAGCGAGUUGAGUAAAGUGGGUGCCGGAGCGAACGGAAUGUCGUCGGUGGCUCCGGUUCCAGCCUCAGUCAGCUCGGCCUCGGCCAUUGCAGCCGCCUACCAGACGCAGCUGAGUCUAGCGGCAGCGGCGGCCGUCGCGGCAAGACACACAGCGACAACUGUCCCCAACGACCACCACACGGGCGCCGCAGCGCACAUGGCACCCCACACACACCACGAUAUCCUUCACGAUUACCACACUUUGUGACACAGCGGCUUAUAGAGGUACCACCCCUACCCUGGGGGUGACUCUAGCUACAACGCCGCCGCCGCCGCCGCCACUACCACACGCGCAGGGGGUUUCGAGGAGUCUGUCUUUGGAGGAGGAACAACAAGAAAUGGUGGAGGAUUGGUAGGAGGAGAUGGAGGAGGAGGAGGAGGAGGAGAAGGAGUAUCAAGUGACCACAGAUACACUUACUGAAAUCUCGUUUUAUAUAUUCGUACAUUAGUCUUGAAAAGCCAGGGAUCUCCUGAGACUCCAGGAGUCUGUUCUACAUCCGCAAACCCCACCUCCUUCCAGAGCCCUUAUUCCAGAUGCUUGACAAACCUGAGAAGAAGAAGAAGAAAAAAAAACCCAUCCUCCACUACCCCUUGUCUCACGGGGAUUUCGAAACCCAGUGAUAUGAAGUGGACGACGGCCCCGUGAAGAUGACCAUGAAGAUGCUAGACGUCUUUCCAGAAGCACGUCUGGAAGCGCACCUGGAAGCGCCCUUAUGAUCAGGUUCUAUUGCAGGGCGCCCAUGUGAAACAUGAUGUUGACGAUGACGUCGUCUCAAAGCACAGAGGCUGUGGCGCAUCCAGCCCCCUCAAAGGGUACCAGAAGCCCUUCGGCGGAUAACUUUUGGGGAGAGAAAUGAAUGUCCCGCCGAAGCUGGAGCAUUGUUUUUUUAUUCUAAUUUUUAAUUGUGGUGGUUGUUGUACUAGCCCUGAGUGGCUAGCGUCUACAAACCGCUAUCUUGUGAUAAAAAAAAGAUUUUAAGAGUUUCUCAAUGUUAGGCCAAUCGAUUUCUGUUUUGUAAUUUGUUUCUUGAUGGUGUAGGUUAUUUAUUUAUACAAAGGUUUGUGAAAAGAAAAUAAAUAUUGUAUAUUAGGAAACACCCCGACAAGAGACUUUCUAACAUAUUCGGUGUGUGACAAAGUUACUGGGACGUUAUUCAUAAGUCUUUUAAAAACAAUAAACACAAAUAGUACAGCCCCCAUACUAUCAUCUAUGCCCGUCACAAUGAAAGCUCUUUACGCUCCAAGUAGAAAGCUCUCUCUCUCUCUCUCUCUCUCUCUCUCUCUCUCUCUCUCUCUCUCUCUGUCCGUGAGAAUUUCUUA